AGAGAGAGAGAGAGCAUGGAGUAAAUUAGCGCUUGUGUUUUUAUUUACGUACACAUUUCUUCAGUAACAGGAGAAGGAGAAGAGGCGCGUGCAGCAGCAGCAUGUCAGUGUACAGAUGUGUACAGAUGUGUUUAUUUCACUAAGAGACAUGAUUCUGCUUUUACCGGCGGCUCUCUGUGUGCUCCUGACAGUGUCGUGUGUACGAGCAGAUGAAGAGCUUCCUGCACCUCAAGAUGUUCGUUUCCACUCUGUGAAUCUGAGGAACAUGGUGCGCUGGAGCUCAGGAACAGCUGACACCCAGGGAACCAGCUACACUGUGGAGUAUGCAAUAUACGGAGAUGCUGUAGAAGUAGAAGGAAGUGAGCAGGUGGUGUGGAGGCCUGUGCAGCAGUGCACUGAUGUCACACAGACAGAGUGUGACGUGACGGAACAGACUGGAGAUACGGAGGAGGAAUAUUACGUCAGAGUGAGAGCUAACAGACCAAAAGGCCGCUCGGAGUGGACCGAGACAGACAGACGGCUCAGACUCGCAGACACCAUUCUGGGACCUCCUCAGGUGAACGUAUCUGUGGUGGAGGACAAGCUGCAGGUGAAGCUGAGCGGCCCGUUCAGAUGGAGGAACCUUGAAAAGAAGCGUCAGUCGAUGUUUAACAUCUUCCCUCACAUGUCCUACAACAUCAGCGUGUACAACAACAGCAGCAAGCACAUGCAGCACUUCCUGCAGCCGAAGAAGCUCCUGCUGCACGGCCCCCUGGAGUAUAACACAGAGUACUGUGUGAGGGCAGAAGUGGUGUCGCUCUCUCUCCAUCUGACCAACAUUCAGUCUGACUGGAUCUGCGUCUCCACCGCUGAUGACCCAUUUAAAUCUCAGAUGAUGCUGCUGAUGUUAGGAGGCAUUCUUCCUACCUCUGUAUGUCUGUUUGUCUUGGUCGUAGUUCUAGGUUUCGCUUAUUACUACAUCUGCGGUCACAAACCGAGGCUGCCCAAGAGCAUGAAGGUCAUUCAGCAGGAUGUAGACAAGGAUGUGGAAAAGAAACUGCAGACAUUCCAGCCAGAGAAACAUCCCACCAUAAACGUGAUCAUCAUCAACAACACCAACCUGAACAUGGGGGAAUCAAAGUGCGGUUUCCUCGGGUCAUUUCAUGGUGGUGUCCACAUUCCCAAGCCCUUGCAACUUCCUGAGGUGAGCGAAACAAUAGGAGGUGCUUAUGCAGUGCAGAACAUCCCGCAGACCUCAGAAGCAGAAGCAGAAUCGGAUUCACAAAGCUGUCGCAGCUCUCUGAAAGAGGAUUACUGCUUGGUACACCAGGAAGAUAGGAACCAGCUCACCCGCUGCCCAAAUAACCCCCAGGUGGUCACAUCAUACAUGGCACAGACUGAAAAGACAGAACAAGCACAGGAGGGAAAUGAAGAAGAAGAGGAAGAAUUUAUGCAAACUACUUUUUGUAACUGGGACCGAGAUACUGGCCAGCUCCAGCUGGACUUCCCUCUGCUGAGAAGCUUCAGAUUUGAGACCCCUGAAACGACAGAGAUGCAGACGAGCAGAACCCUGUCGCAGCUGCCACGCCGUCCAGACCUCACCAGUGUAGUUGUCAAGCAAGCUUCAGAAGAGACUGGAGAUGACGACCUGCUCUUGAUGAUGGAAGAACAAUGGGACCUGCAGGUCCAGAGCAGCACUGAGUAGAUUCCGCAAAGGUCCCAGUCACCACUCUAUUUUACUAUAUAAGCUCCCAACGUUCCGUAUCUUAAAGACAUUGAUGCAAGUCAAAACAUUGUUCUCACACAUGAAGGUCCUCCUGAUGGACGUCAUGUCCUUGGUUUUAGAUACAACACUGUUUUGUUUUACUGUUUUCUAUGUGUAUAAUUAAUAUAAUAUAAUAUAAUAUAAUAUAAUAUAAUAUAAUAUAAUAUAAUAUAAUAAAUAAAUAAAUAAAUAAAUAAAUAGAUAGUAUAAUGUACUGCAGGAUAGAAGAAAAUAAACACACUCAGGGACAGGAUUAGCUUUAGUGUUUCAUUUAAUGAGUUCAUCUAAUGUCUUAAUGUUUUAAAAACAUCAUCGCAUAACACGCAAGUACAUGAAUGAAGAUAUUUUUAUACUUUUAAAAAAGUGUUCAUUUAGAAUAAAACUAUAAAACUAAUACAGAAUUAAAUAAAUAUUACAAAAAACAAA